CCCAGAUGUAAGUGUGACCCACACCGGAGUUAUCUAAGCGACCGGUCCUUACAUCACCAGUGCGCGCCGUUUGGUGCAAACGUGUUUUACAAGAUGAAGGUGCUACUAGUGUGUCUUGCGGCACUUGCCGCUGUGUGUGCGCGCACCACAACCCGCCAACAGGCCAUCACCCCGCAUAUCACCUCGCUGACUGACAAGGAUGCCCGUCAGAAAGCGCGAGUGCACCCAGCCUUCGCGUCCGCGGGCCAGCGCACCGGGAUAGAACUCUGGAGGAUCAAGGAUUUUGAGCCUGUACCCGUACCUGAGAAGGAAAUCGGCACCUUCUACAAAGGAGACUCGUACAUCGUCCUGAAGACAACAUCGGACAAACGCAACAACCUGGCCUGGGACAUCCACUACUGGAUCGGCAGCGAGUCCUCCCAGGACGAGGCUGGUGCGGCCGCCAUCCUGACAGUGGGGCUGGACGACAAGUUCGACGGGAAGGCCGUCCAGCACCGAGAGACCAUGGGAUAUGAGAGCUCGCAGUUCCUUAAUUACUUCAAAAAUGGAGCCGUGCGGUACCUGGAUGGUGGUAAUGCCUCCGGCUUCAAGCACGUCACCACCAACGCCGGAGCCGAAAAGCGUCUCUUCCAAGUCAAAGGAAAGAGAAACGUUCGAGUGCGCCAGGUGGACCCUCUCAUCUCAUCCAUGAACAAGGGUGACUGCUUCAUCCUGGACAUUGAUCAGGACAUCUACGUGUACGUCGGGGAGAAGGCCAGGAACGUGGAGAAACUGAAGGCUAAGGCGGUAGCUGACCAGAUCAGAGACCAGGACCACCACGGUAGAGGCCGCGUGGAGAUUAUUGAUCAAUACUCGAGUGAAGUGGACACUCAGAAGUUCUUCACGGCUUUGGGAUCUGGCAACCGGGACUUGGUACCAGAAGACAGCGCCGGUGGUGAUGACCAGACUUUCGAGAAGAGUGAGGAGCAGGUGCCCAUCCUGUCGGAGGUCUCAGAUAGCUCCGGGAAGCUGAAGGUCACGCCGCUGUCCAGGCCUUUCAGACAGGAACAGCUCAAGCCACAGGAAACAUACAUUUUGGACACAGUGAGUGGCAGCAUUUACGUCUGGGUUGGGAAACAAGCGACUCAAAGUGAAAAGAACGAAGCAAUGAACAAGGCCCAACAAUAUUUGAGCUCCAAAAACUAUCCAUCAUGGGUCCACAUCGCCAAGAUCCCCCAGGGUACGGAACCAGCGAUCUUCAAGCAGUACUUCUCCACGUGGCGUGAUGUCGGCAUGUCGCACUCACGCGUUGUCAGAUCCGUAGAGGAUCAGAAAGAUACGAACUUCGAAUGGAGGCUGCAGAGCCUGAAUGUACCUGAGACCAAGCUGUAUGAGGUGGUAGCGCUGUCCCCCUCUAAUGUGUAUUUCAAACCGAUACUGGACUUCAAGCAAAUGGACUUGGAAGAAGAUGGCGUAUAUUUCCUGGAGAAAGAGGAUGAGAUCAUUGCCUGGAUCGGAAAGGAGGCUCCUCUGCAUAAAGUGAAGGCCACCCCCAUAUAUUUGGAUAACUACUCUCGAGGACAAAACAAGAGGGUGACAUUGAUGAAGCAGGGAUUGGAGACUCCGGCAUUCAGCAGGUCUUUCAGGAAAUGGGACCCCGACAUGUGGAUUAAAGUGAACACAUAUGAGAUGGAAAGGGAAAGAGUCUUGAGGAACAACGAGAUCGACGACAACUGAAUUUCUAUUAAUUAAGCAAUAAACUCGCAAUACUCUUUAUACGUGUUAAGUAAUAAAUAUUUUAAUUAUU